CCCGCUGUGCCUCGUGGUGCGCGCAAAUCACGGUGCUCGGCGAGGGAGUGUGUAGGAGGAGUGCAUAACGUCCCCAUUACGCGCGGGUAUAUACCCGAGCAUUCGUGGUCAGCGCUCGCAAAAUUAGCAGAUCCUCGCCUCCGGUGAGGGGUUUGCUCUGGUGCCGAUACAUCGGUCCGUCGGUCAAAAAAGGGAGAAACAUGAAGACUCUGCUGUCUCUCUUCACGGCCUACCUGGCAAUCACUGUUUCCAAGGCCAACUAUGGCUACGGAAACAUGUACAAUGGCAUCGGCAGCUACGGCGGAUUCGGCAACAAUGGUUUGUACAGUGGCUUCAGCAACCCAGGCUUGUAUGGCGGCUCCAACGGCUUAGGCUUAUACAACUCGUACAACCAAGGCUUGUAUGGUGGCCUCAGCGGCUACGGAAACUUUGAUUUUUAUGGUGGAUCCGGCUAUCCGGGCUUGUACGGUGGAUCCGGUGGCCUUGGUAACUACGGCAUGUAUGGUGGAUCCGGCUAUCCAGGCUUGUACGGCGGAUCCGGUGGCCUAGGAAACUACGGCAUGUAUGGUGGAUCCGGCUAUCCAGGCUUGUACGGUGGAUCCGGUGGCCUAGGAAACUACGGCAUGUAUGGUGGAUCCGGAUAUCCAGGCUUGUACGGCGGAUCCGGUGGCCUAGGUAACUACGGCAUGUAUGGUGGAUCCGGCUAUCCAGGCUUGUACGGUGGAUCCGGUGGCCUGGGUAACUACGGCAUGUAUGGUGGAUCCGGCUAUCCAGGCUUGUACGGUGGAUCCGGUGGCCUGGGUAACUACGGCAUGUAUGGUGGAUCCGGCUAUCCAGGCUUGUACGGCGGAUCCGGUGGCCUGGGUAACUACGGCAUGUAUGGUGGAUCCGGCUAUCCAGGCUUGUACGGUGGAGGUGGAUACCCCGGUGUCCCUGUGUAAGCGUUGUGACAGGUGUUUACGCCGCUCCCAGCACGUACAUGGCUGCUUCGGUGUUGGUGCCCACGUUAAUACCUACGGACAGCCACGUGCAGUUACAAGAAAGUGCGCGAAGCUUCAGCCUUGUUUAUUAAAUGUAAGUUACCUUGGAAAAUGUAUCGUUGCGUAUUCCAGGCCGGAAAAAUGUAACGAACCUAUUUCUGCGUUUUCGUACUUCGUUAAUCGUCCGUGCAGCGCUCGCUCGCGUUAUCACUAAUAUUAGUUGAUAGAGUGAACUAUGGAUCAAAAUAGUAGAAUAAAAUUGAG